AUGCUACGUCGACAGAGCGUCAAGUCCAAGCCGGAUCUCAGACGCCGCAAAUCAACUUCGUCAGCAACCCACGGAGUCCAUCUCGAACACCUCGAUCCAGCCGUCGCUCAACGAGACGCCCAGGUUGCGGCCUGUCAGGCGUUUACUCGAGCUCAAGACCGGAGUGCCAAGGCAGACAUGUCACUCUUUCCACCGACACCCGAUAGCUCUCCACGUCGGACACAAGCAGCUCGGAGCGGUACUAAACCUGAAGCGAGCAAUACUCCUCAUCACGGACGGGAAAACAGCCAAGAUCUUCACCGUAGACAGAGCGUGCGGUUUAUGGGACCAUGUUCUGUCAAAGGAGAGAGACGCCUUGGUCAAGGGGCUUACUCCCACACCAAACGAAACUCCAUGGACGUUUCCCAAGCCACUGCGCAACUACAACCCAACGAUCAAGAUUCUAGCAGCGUUCACAGUUAUAGCUUGGCCAACAACGUCAAAGAGCUUUCGAUUAUACACCAGUCACACCAACCCCCCAAGACUUCGCCUUCAGCUCCCGUCACCGGUCUUGCAGCCGACUAUCUCCAUGCUCUUGUCGCCAGCGAAGAUUACUACACGCCAGAAGAUAACAUCGCCUCUGCUCCAUCUUCAUACCGUCGUAUCAGAAGGUCCAGAUCAAUGUUCACCUCCGAAGAUCCCGAGAGCAGAAAAAGUCAAGACGACGCCGUGUCGUUUGUUGAUGGUAGAGUGCCCCCUUCCAGGUCAACGCUGGGUAACUCUAGCCACAAGGCGCUCUCCAGUGGCAAGGAGAAUGAUCCCAUGACGGGGCUGCCACCACUGAGGACACCAAAGUCGAUGAGCUUCUUGAGGACUCGGAGCACUCACUCCAGGUCUGACACACAUAGGACCAGCAUGGACCAAAUGCAUAGUCCCCUUGAAGCCCCCAGUGUGCUGGGAGAUAGGUCCCAUGCCAGCGAACGAGGUACACCACGCCUUGUAUCCAAAGCUUCAACAAUCUUCAGUUCAAAGAAUCGAAGAGCCGAGCCCAAGUUGCGAAAGACGCUUCGAAGCGCCAGCUGUGGCGAUGACUUGGCUGAAACAACCCAGAACCUGACGCUUCUAACCACACCAUCGGGAAAAGACGAUGGCUUUAAGCACAAGGCCAGGAAGGUCUCCAAAUCCUUGAAAACAAAGCUGAAGAGUUUCUUCAAUCUCACCAAAUCCGAGGACUCGUGCACAAUCCCGGUUCAGCACAUCGACUCUCAGAGAACCCAUGUCGUUGACGAUGUUGGGUCAAUGCACUCCACAGCAUCGGAUCAAGAGGUCGCGGAGAAGAUCGAAUGGGGCUCGAUUCAUCGAGUGCCUUCAAAGAUCCCCUCCCUUCAGGUUGUCCCAUCCAACCUCCAUCACUCGAAUAAGGGAAGCCUUGAGAGUCUCAGGAGUGAACGAGAACGCAAUGUCUCGGAUGAUCAAUCAUUGACCACCUGGGUGCACUCGGGUCCUAGCACACUUACCAGUCAGCAACAAGAAGAAUGGAGAGAAUGGGAGCGGCAACGUCUUUCCAUUAUCAAGGAAGGCGGCCCGCACGCUCCCUCACCGUCGAUUCGCAGACAAGCCCUCGGGGCUCACCUAUUUCAACGCUUUGACGGCUCUACCACACAAACUAACCCGCCUGGUCCAGGCGUGGAUAGCCAGCGAGUCUACUCUGCGUUGAUGAAGCGGGUGCGCGAUAUGCACAAUCAGACGUUCUCAACAGUGGAACAGCAACGCGAAUUUGGGAGUGUGCCCCACGGAUCUCUUCGUGAGAGAUCUUCGCUUCGAUCUCUGGGCAAAACACAACAUCUUCACCUAGAUACAGAUCAUAUCGAUACUCCAACCCGCGCUCCAAGAAAGAGCAGUUUGUCUGGAUAUCAAGAAGCUCAAGAUCACCAAGAGGCAAUGCGUUCUUCGUCUGCCACGACGUCACAGUCGGUUGAAACCGGAUGGGGCGAAGCAAAAGGAGCUCGAGCCACAUUCCAAGCUGGCAGGUCAAAGACCGCCCCUACUCCCGCAGUUAACUCACAGAAAGUACAUCAAGAUCCCUUCACAGAGCAUGUCAGUCAUCCACUUGAAGUUCAGGAUUAUCAGUCUGGAGGUCAACAGCCCCACGACAACCUGGGUCAGAACUCAGCCGCCUCAAACACACCCGGGUCACAUCUGUUCCGGACAACAAGUCCGUUCCGCCGUAGUUUACGCGAGUCCAUGGAGGCCGAAUACAGUGCUAUAGCACAGGCAAUCCAGGAGUCGAUCCAUUAUACCAGCUCCGAUGACAACACGCAAGUCCGCUACUCUGGUCAGUUCGACCCUGCCUCAAAGGAUAGGGCCGAGGUAACGGACAACAACGAUUACACUGAGAGUGUGUAUUCCACAGACGAAAUUGGACCCGGUCUAUCUAAUGGGACAAUGGAUGAUAGCUACAGUCUUCGCAACAGGAGAUCUGUAGGCUCACCUCUGGCUUACCAGCCGGCGGACCAUCGGAUUGAGUCUUCCGCCAGCUCUGUUGACUGGAAGACGUGGCUAUCAGCAAAUGUUGGCAAGAAUGAAUCAUCUCCCUCGACUCCAGUGGAAGUUGAGUACGCCAUUCCUACGAUGCCCAAUAGCUUUCCCAAUCGUCAUGUGCGUGAGUCAACGCAGAUCAACGAAGACUGCGAGGAGGAGGAUGAGGUGUACUAUCCUCCAACCCAUCGACCGUCACUUCCGAUUUCUCCCUUGGCGACAAUCGAGCCCAACGUUGUGAAGUUAUCGCCAGAACAACGCUCUAUCAAGCGUACCACGCCACCUCUUUCCGGUAGAGCUAUGCUCGAGAAUGAUAGCCCAGGCGCUCCUCCUAUUCCCGCAAAGAGUGUUUUGAGAUGCACCCCUUCGCCACUUAAGCGUUCUGGUGGCGAUAGAGGUCACUACAUGUCACCUUCGAUCACGUCCAGUCCUGGUUUAAGUGCGGCAGUUCAACGUCAGUUUGGACCGGUGUCUACCAGGCAGAACGGCAAUGCGCUUGAUCGUCAUAGACAAGUUGACUCCUCUGAAGAUGAACAUGUACGCCCAGAAUUUGGAGCAGUGGCAGACAAUAGGGGCAUGGGAAAGUUCAAGAUCUCGCAGAUACUGGAGGGAGGAUUUCGUCAGAGAGUAGCGAGCAGUGACAGCAGCGCGGCAGCCUUUCUUUAA